AUGGCCGAGGUCACAGUCAACAGUCUGGAGUUCUUUGGCAGCCACUGGACAGCCUGGCGGGUCCUGGGAGUGGCCCCGCACCGCAUCGGGUCCUGGAGGAACCUCUACCUCUGCUACAGUGUCCUGCUCAACCUGCUGGUCACCCUGUGCUAUCCCCUGCACCUGGGCAUGUCGCUCUUUCGGAACAGAACCCUCACCGAGGACAUCCUCAACCUGACCACAUUUGCCACCUGCACGGCCUGUUCGGUGAAGUGUUUGAUCUACGCCUGGAACAUCAAGGAUGUGGCGGAGAUGGAACGCCUGCUGCUGCUGCUGGACAAUAGGGUUGUGGGUCCAGAGCAGAAGCGGGUCUACGGAGAGGUCAGAGUGCAGCUCCGCAAUGUCCUGUACGUCUUCAUUGGCAUCUACCUGCCCUGCGCCCUCUUUGCCGAGCUCUCGUUCGUGUUCAAGGAGGAGCGGGGUCUGAUGUAUCCUGCCUGGUUUCCCUUCGACUGGCUGAACUCCACGCGGAAUUACUAUAUAGCAAAUGUGUAUCAGAUUGUGGGCAUAUCCUACCAGCUUUUGCAGAACUAUGUCAGCGACUGCUUUCCGGCUGUCGUCCUUUGCCUGAUUUCCUCGCACAUUAAGAUGUUGUACAAACGAUUCGAGGAGGUUGGCAUGGAUCCGGCAAGGAACUCAGAGAAGGAUCUGGAAGAAUGCAUCACGGAUCACAAGCGACUGCUAGAACUUUUCCGUCGCAUUGAGACCUUCAUAUCCUUGCCCAUGUUCAUUCAGUUCGCGGUGACCGCCUUGAAUGUCUGCAUUGGCAUUGCCGGUUUGGUUUUCUUCGUAACUGAACCCAUGGCCAGGAUGUAUUUUAUCUUUUACUCCAUGGCCAUGCCCCUACAGAUAUUCCCAUCAUGCUACUUUGGCACUGACAACGAAUAUUGGUUCGGAAAACUUCAUUAUGCGGCUUUUAGUUGCAAUUGGCAUACUCAGAACCGAAGUUUUAAGAGGAAAAUGAUGCUUUUUGUGGAGCAAUCCUUGAAGAAAAGCACAGCCGUGGCUGGUGGCAUGUUUCGCAUCCAUUUGGACACAUUUUUCUCGACCCUAAAGGGAGCAUACUCCUUGUUCACCAUUAUCAUAAGGAUGCGGAAGUAA